GGAAUUGUAGGGUAGUAUAGGUGUCGAGCAAACGCAUACUUCUUCACAUGCAAAUGUUCUGAAGAUAAACACGAAGCACGUGACAUACGCCUCUCCUCACGUGACUCACCACCCUUCAUAUACGCCCUUCCCUCCCAACCAGCAAGCUCCUCAAAGAAACGAUAGAGUAUCAUCAAUGGCUCGAAAUCCAGAAAACCUCUCCUAUCAAUUGGCCAAGGCCUCCACUGCCAUAACCUUUUCCGGGUCCCUCUCCGUCCUCUCCAGUUUGACACUCACUGCCGUUGUUAUCGGUUUGGUGGCAGCAACACCGUUGCUGGUGAUCUUCAGCCCGGUGUUGGUACCAGCCGGAGUUGCAAUGCUUCUGCUGAAUACUGGGCUUGUUAUGUCGGGAGGGCUUGGCGCAACAGCGGCGAUGGUGUUUUACUGGGUUUACAACUAUGUGACAGGACAGCACCCGGUUGGUGCUGACAAACUGGAUCAGCUGGCUUCAACAUUGGCGAGCGGGGUUAGAAGCAUCAAGAACUGACACGAAGAGCGGCCUAGGAAGCUCAUCAGCAACGAUACACAGGGUGCACAAUGAUAUCAUCAAACAGAUAUUAACGCGGCAAUGGUUGCUUCAUGGCCAAGAAACAACUACUAUGUAAUCCUUGUUCACUGUCAGCUCUUAUUUGUGUGAGUUCCAUACCAAUCUGUGAGGAUCAGUUUUCUAUGCCGUUUUCUAUGUGGUAAUACAUUCGAAAUAUGCUGAGCA